CAGCUGCGUGUCUGACAAAUAUCUAUCGCGUUUCAGGACGGUAUCAGUGGUUUUCCGUUCGGUCUGUCUGCUGUGCUCAGUUCGUUUUCAUCAUUCUUCAUCGUCAAUCGUCAUACCGGUGCGAAUAUUGCAAUCGUACGGGCACGGCACAAGACAUAGCAGAGUGUAUCUACCAGUGGUCAAACAUUUUGCAUACAAUAAUCUAUUGCAUUUUGUUAGUGAACUGCCUUAUCAACUAGGUUUUUCAAAUAUCGGAAAAGUUUGCAGAGUAGUUGAGUAACUCGGUUUCAGUGAUAACUUGAUCAACUCUGUGCAAUGGGUGAAAAGAAAAAACCUGCCUACAUCCAGUACCUUUUCGGUGGUCUUUCUGGAAUUGGAGCAACAUGUGUGGUGCAACCGUUGGAUCUGGUGAAAACGCGCAUGCAGAUAUCCGGUAUAGGAGGCGCAGUCAAAGAGUACAACAACACAUUCGAUGCCAUUGCCAAGAUCAUCAAGCGCGAGGGCACCUUUGCGCUGUAUAAAGGUUUGAGCGCCGCAAUCAUGCGUCAAGCGACAUACACUACCACCCGGCUAGGUGUGUAUACAUCGCUUAAUGACGCCUACAAGCAAAAAAUGAAUCGAGCCCCCAACUUGCUGUAUUCGAUGGCCAUGGGCAUGACAGCCGGUGCCGUUGGGUCCUUCGUUGGCAAUCCCUGUGAACUGAUUCUCAUACGAAUGACAGCGGAUGGUCGGCUACCGGUGGCCGAGCGAAGAAAUUAUACGAAUUUCUUCAAUGCUUUCUUCCGCAUUGCUAGAGAGGAAGGCGUUUUAGCGCUAUGGCGUGGAUGUAUUCCUACCAUGGGUAGAGCUAUGGUUGUCAAUGCAGCGCAGCUUGCUUCCUAUUCUCAAGCCAAAGCAUAUCUCGUUCAGAGCGGGUAUCUGAAAGAAGGCAUCGGAUUGCACUUUACCGCUAGUAUGUUUUCUGGUCUAAUCACCACCGCGGCUUCGUUACCGGUAGAUAUUGCGAAAACAAGAAUUCAGAACAUGAAAAUCAGUGCCGGCGAACAGCCUCCCUAUAAAAAUACAAUCGAUGUCAUAGUGAAAGUUAUCCGACACGAAGGUGUUUUCGCCCUCUGGAAGGGUUUCACCGCGUACUACGCUCGCCUUGGGCCACAUACGGUGCUAACAUUUAUAAUUCUCGAGCAACUGAACGGCCUCUAUAACACUCACGUGAUGGGUGGCAAAGGACCGACCUCCGGAUUGUGAGAAGCAGAUCAAACACUCAAGAUCCCGUCCAGAUCAAAAACGAACAUACCAAUCAAGCAAGAUAUAAUAAUAUUAGAAGAUGCAGUUGCCUUGUUGCAUUUCAUAUACACAACGACGAAAUACGAGUACAUUUGCAUUCAUUACAUACUUUCCGCCGGAAAACAAAACUUUUAUUUUAAUAAUUGUUUAUUUUAAAUAUAUCAAGCGGUUUUGUCUAUUUUAUUGCCCUCGGAAAAUACUGCCAACAGCUAGAGGCAUGUGAACCCGCCAAGAAAUAGUCGCACAAGUUGAAUGCAAUUCAAAUCAUAGUUAGAUCCAGUUUCUGGCAGAGAGCCAAUAAGCUCAAACAGAUGGGUGCAUCGUAUAGCGCCGUUUACUGUUUACCGUUUACCAAGAAUUAGACAAUCCCAGAAGCAUUGAAAUUCUACCGCGAUCAGGGCGAAUGUAAAUUUUACAAACAAGUUAUACCGAUUAUAUUGCACGAUAUGUAGGUAUUAGAUGAACAGUCGGAUGGCUGCACGCGUGCGUAUAUACUUCGCGGUCGAUUUAGUGUGCACUUGAACUCGAUGUGAAGCGGUAGAAUGUGUGAUGCGCAAAGAUGACAUUGCAGUGAAUGGAUUAAGUAUGGUAGGCAAUGUUAACGGACGCUUCUUAUAAUUUUUGU